AAGUCUCGCGGGGCAAUGCAGCGUCGUUGCGACGCGACGUAUUUGACAGGCGCGCGGUCGGAGGGCGCCACGCGUCCGAUUCACGCGGCGCUUGCGAAAAUUCCAUUGCGCAUUGCGUCAUCCCGCGACCUAUCCGAGCGGAUCGACGUCGACGCCGACGAGUGCCGAUGGACACAUGGCAGUUUGAUGCCACUACCCGUGCAGAGGCUACGCAGGAGCGAACGAGUUGGUUCAGGGAAUUUACGAGAGAUGGCGCCGAAAAAUAAGGAAAAUAGCAGCAAACGAAAGAAGCAAGUCGACGACGAGGGCGACGAGGAUUAUCGGAAGCGGCGGGAUCGGAAUAACCAGGCCGUGAAACGAUCCAGAGUGAAGAGCAAAUUACGCACGCAGCAAACCUUGGAGAGAGUAAAUCAGCUGAAAACGGAGAACGAAUUGUUGGAGGAGAAGAUUAAAAUGCUCACCAAGGAGCUUGGCUUUCUCAAGGAUCUCUUUAUUGCGCAUGCAGGUGGUUCCAAUCAGCACACAUCGGUAAACAUCCAAGAUCUUGAUCUAACUGCUCUCCUGGCGGAAGAAAAGCCCACGGAGGACGCGCUGAAGGCAGCUUCCGCCAAGCUGUAGACCGACACAAGCGCCACGUGAAGAAAUCAGCGUGGUAUUAAAUUCGAAACGCGAGGCAGUAUUCUGACUCGUUAGAUUGAAACAGCGAGCAGUCAUCUUGGAAAGAUGUCCGCUUUACGUUCACUGAGAGAAAGAUUCUAGAUGCGAGCAGCGUUUUCCGAACGCGAGCCUUCCAGGUCGUAGCAUCGUCAGUGAAUUAUCACCAGCUAAAUUUACAACUUAUCGAAAAUUAAUGGACGACGAAAGUGACGCGAAUCGUGGAGCCGUCGCGGAGAACUCGCGAUAAAUUCGAGUACGAGGGUAUUCACUUUAAUCGUCAGUCAGUCAAGACUAAGUGGUCUUUGAUCUAAACGGUACGAAAAAAAGGACCGAUGAAAAUAAUUCACCAUCAGUAUGUCGCUGAUAUUUCAGCAUUAUAUGUCGCUACGUGAUCAUGCGUUGUGUAUUUACCCCGAUAUGAAAAUAACUCGAGUAAGAGAAUCGAACACUUGCUUGAGAGUACAAGAUAUAACUUUUUUUAUUUAUUGGUUAUAUAUGAAGGAAAAAUACAUAUUUAAUGUAACAGGUGCGUUAGAAUAGGUGUAUUAAUCUUUGUAGUUAUCGUCGAAAGUGUUUUUACUUCCGUAGCAUGUGUUAGUUAUUAAAUACGACUCAUUGGCAUCA